AAUAAUUUAGAAAAUUUCUAUAAGAAAUGAAUAAGUGAUUAAAUAGUUAAAUUAAAUAAACAAAAACAACAAUAAAGUCAAUAUUCAACUGUAAUAAAAUCACGGUUCUCUCCUAUAUACGAUUAUAUACUCGAUGUAUGUAUGUAUGUAUAUGUUCCCACGCAGACACAUACACAGCGAGGCCACCAAUACCAAGGCGCUAGUGUGUAUAUAGAAGAAGUCAUGGGACCUCGAUAUUAGUAAAUAAGGAGAAACCACAAUAACUAUUAAGAAAGGAUUUGCCGUCAACAAAAAUACAAGAAUAAAAAGCAAAAAUAAAUUACAAAAUAUAAAAAAAAACAAACCCACCAACCAGCUAAGAAAGAAUUGUAUAUCCGGAAUUUGAAUCAAAAAUUUUGCAUUGGAAUUUUAAGGAACCCACCCGAAAAUCGGCCACUCCCCCCACCACCACCUCAACCCCGUCUCCCCCUAUACGCGCUCUAAGGCUUAGCACCUGUCCGCACACGCAAGCGCAAGGUCCCCGCUCAUCUUCAGGACCAACGACAAUAAAACAAAACAAAAAAAAGAAAACCAAAACUUUGGAUUUGCUUUUUGACUUUUCGAGAUUCGGUUAUUCUUUGUAACCGUUUUAUUUCGGUAUUGGAAAUGUCGCCAAUUCGGAGCAACACGCGUCGUCAGGCAUCGACAACAAGGAGAGCAAGGAUACCAUCAAUUGCACAAGGAUUAACCAUCACCUGGUCACAAUUGAUUGUUGUUGCUUCUGUUGCAGCUCUGCUAAAUGGCCUCGUCUGUCAAGCUGCUGGACGUGCCCCACCAGAGCCUUACUAUGGACGUUUUAUAGGAGAUUUUACAAAUUUUGCCCAUGGCAUCAAGGGUCAAAUCUAUGCCGUCGAUGAGUCUACGCUGUUUGUGAAAUCGUUUGCCUAUGAUGGCACUGGACCGGAUGCCUUCUUUUGGGUAGGAAAAACACCACGUCCCAGUCCUGAGGGCUAUAUAAUACCCUAUCCAGAGGAAUAUAUAGGCAUUGAUCCACCCAUUCUGCAGGCACACAACAAUACGGACAUCAUACUGCGUUUACCCAUGGGCAAAAGGAUUAAGGACAUUCGAUGGCUGUCAGUAUGGUGCAGACGUUUUACGGUUGAUUUCGGUGAAGUGUUUAUACCUCCUGGAAUUGAUGUACCAAAGCCGCGUGUGUUACCCGAAUUCAAGCGUUUGGCCCAUGGAUUGCGUUCCAGCAACAUAAGUGUCUUGGAUGCAAAGACAUUUUACAUACCCAAUUUGCAUUAUGAUGGAGCCGGACCUGAUGCCUACUUCUGGGUGGGCAAUGGCAGUGAGCCAAACAUUAUGGGAAUUAAGGUGCCCAAUGAAAUGGGAUCCCUUGAACCGUUGCGUGGCUACCAGGGCGAGGAUAUUGAAAUUCAAUUGCCAGGAAGUUUGACUGUCUACGAUAUUGAUUGGCUGGCUGUGUGGUGUGUGGAAUAUAGGCAUAAUUUUGGACACGUUUAUAUACCAAGGGACUUGGAUGUACCGCCGGCUCUGGGUCAGACAAAGAUAACGCCUCCAUGGUGGUAUUCACCCACCACAACAACUCCAAGGCCUGUCUACUCGAAUUGUCGAGAGAUUCUACCCAAUAAAUUGCAAGUCAAAUGGGAACUGCAAGGCGAAUAUUUGCAAAUUGAACUCUUUGGUCGCAUUACGGAGGAUCAGUAUAUGGCCUUUGGACUCUCGGGGGUGAAUGGACGUCCCCAGAUGGCCCAGUCCGAUGUGGUGGUGGCUUUCUAUGAUACAAAUGCUCGAGUUUUCCGUGCCGAGGAUUACUUCAUAUCGGACUUAUCACAGUGCGAUGGUCAGCGUGGCGUUUGUCCGGAUGAGCGAAUUGGAGCCCGUAAUGAUGUCAUAGUGGUGAGCGGUGAUCGUAAAAAUGGUGUGACGAGCAUACGCUAUAAGCGUCUCCUGCAAACGAAUGAAGCUAUAUACGAUGCACCGAUUCCCACUGAUCGUGAAGUAUCGAUUAUUGCUGCCAUUGGACCCCUGAAUAGCCGCAAGGAGGCCAAUGCCCAUUUGCACACAGCCAGCGAUCAUAAUCCCGAUGACAUAAGAAUCAAUUUCUCGGCUCGUAAUGAUCACUCGUGCAAGAACUCUUUGUACGAUGUAAAGGAUGUGAGUGGUCCUAAGCCAUGGCCCGCACGCAAAAUCGAAGGUGUCAGGAAGUUCCAUGCCAGCAUUGGUCCAACCGGAGGAAAACGCGGCUAUACAGCCAUUACUGGCGUGCCUUCGUGGGGCAUUGCUUGGUAUGUGAACGAUCUGCUGAUACCUGAGAUCACUGUGGAGCGUGGCGCAAACUAUGAGUUCUAUAUUGAGGGUGGAAAUGAUCCCGCACAGCCGGCAAGAUAUCAUCCGUUCUAUAUAUCGGACUCUCCGGAAGGAGGACUGGGACAAAAAAUUGGCCUAGAGGCGCGCAAACAGAAAGUAUAUGCGGGUGUGGAAUUCGAUGAAGAUGGAAAUGCUAUACCCACAGCUUCUGGCCGUUAUUGUGAAUGGGAACACCGAACGGUUGAUCGAUCAGCGGAAAUUGAUAACUUUGAGGAUUACAAGGGCACGUUGGUCUACAAAUGUGAAGAUGGAGAGCCGGGCUAUUUAAAUUGGACAGUGCCGUCAGAUGCUCCUGAUUUGCUCUAUUAUCAAUGCUUCACCCACAACAAUCUUGGCUGGAAAAUCAACGUCGUGAACAGGGGAACAGCAAACUUCGCCAUCGGCUCUCAUCUGAUUCUCUAUGCAGUUUCAACAGUUUUUAGUCUGAUUGGCAUUACAAGAAUAAGUCAACUGACCUGAUAGUGUAAUGCCAUAGCCUUGGCCUUCAACCAUUAAAUAGGCACUUAAGCGAACAAGAUUUUCAGCAGAUAGGGAUUUUUACACAGAAAACACUUUACAUAUCCCUCAUAACCAUCCAUCAGUAUCCGUAUCGAAUUUAUUAUUUCAUAUCUAUGACCUUAGCUGCUGAAAAUUUGAAUUGAAUUGACACACUUUUACAACCAGGCUAAUAUCAGCUAAGAAGGCAAAACAUAUCUUUAUAUCUUGAUCGUGUUAUUUAUGUAAGAUGUAAAAUGAUGUUGAAAAUGUAUGCAGAUGCAGAUAGGACGAAUUUUGUGUGUUUCUACAUUUCUGUUUUUUCUAUUUUAUUUUUUGUUUUUUCUAUGCAGUUUUUUUUAUAAAUACAUACAAACAUACUUACUUACCUAUAAAAAUGUAAAUCGAAAUAAGGAAAAAUUGUAAUUUUUCCAUCGGUUCUAUAGAAAAUGUGAGCCGACAAUAAUUAUGCGACAUGACGACAAUAAAUUGAUUCAAUGUAAAUGUGCGCAAACAAAAAAAAAUAAAAUAAUGUAUUUUACAAUAAGUGAAUAAUAAUAGUAUUAAGCAAAUUUCUGAAAUGACAAGAGAAGAAUUGUAUGACAAUAAUAAAUGGGCAUAUGUGAGUUCUGAGAGAUGAGAUGAGAAACAAAUACAAUAAUUUUACACAAAGCAGAAGGAAACUAAUGAAUACAAUUUAACUGUAACUAAUUAAAUGAGGAAACAAACAAAUGGAGGGCAUAAAACUAUGUAAUUCAUUGCUAUUGACUACUGUGGUGCUUCUUUCAACAAAUACAAAAAAAAAAACAAAAUACUUAAAAUAAUACAAUUAAUUAUUGUAUCUAAACGCCACGCAUAUUAAAAUGUAAUUUGAUUCGCUCUAAAAAUUUUAUUUCUGUUAUCAACAAACAUUUUUAUCUAUUAAUUGGAGUUUUUAUAUCGUAUUAUACAUACAAACAAACAAACAAACAUACAAAUGUACGAGCAUAUUUUGUUCUUCAAAAUGAAAAUUUCGAUAUUUAUGUAUGACAAUAAACAUGUGCAAAAUACUUGACGAAAUAUACAUUUAGGCUAAGUAAUUGAUAAUUGUUUAGUAUGUGUAUUAAAUUGCAUGUCUUUGGAUAAAGAAACAAAUACAAUAAUUAUAAUACUAUAUACCUUUUUGAUAGUUGUAAUUGUAUUAUCUAUUUAGUUUACCUUGUACCCGGAGUGAAGUAUUACUGAUACUAAAAAGGAAACCCCCAAACAGUUUUUUAGGGUCUCCUCCUAUUAUCCCACUACCACUUUCUAAUCCAUAUAUCCAUAUUCUUCAGGAUAAGAGGAUAUAUGGUUAUUCAGUAGUGGAGGAAAGUGAAUCUUAGCUACUCUCUGGGUACAGGGUAUUUCAAAGUCGGCGCUUCGUCUUUAUUUACGAGUUUGUUUUUGGUUUGGGUUUUGAUGUAAGCAAAUAUGAAAUACUUGUAUCUAUAUACAUUUAAAUGACAAUACACUUUUCACAUAUUAAGUAAUAAUAAAAAAAAAACACAAAACAAAAAAAGCUACCUUUUUCUUAAAGAAAUAAGAAUGUACUUCUAAUAUAUACAUACA